AUGCCCAUCUCCGAGGAGUCUGCUCUGGUCAUGCUUCACGGAGGGCCAGGCGUUGGCAAGACAUUCACAGUCAAGUUGGCCGCAGAGUACACCCGGCGGCCCCUGAUCAGUAUCUCCAUGGCCGAUAUCUUCAAGACGGGCCAGGACGGGCCAAGGAGAGUGAGGGCUAUCCUGAAAAUGGCCAGCCAUUGGAAUGCCCUAGUCUCUCUGGAGAAUGUCGAGCUUUUGUCCGAAGAAGAGACCAAGCAUGACUCGCCACAACACGCAAACGUCUUAUCGAUUAUUCAAAUCCUUGAAAGACAUCACGGUCUCGUAUUUCUGAUCACGGAUCGAAUUGGAGCCGUGAAUAUGAAUCUUAUUACUCGCACGGCAUUGGCAAUCAAUCUUCCGCCGCUGGAUCAAAAUUCUCAGAUCAAGAUUCUCCUUAGUCUGGCAGCGUCGCACGAUGGAGUUGUUCGAGAAGGAAUUCAAGCCGUCGCCUCUGGAUGGCGUUCCUGGAAAACUACCAAAGGGAUGAACGGCUGGCAAAUACAACGAGGUGUGACCGCCGCAUUGGAAUUAUCAAGGAACGAAGAAAAUCCGUUUGACUUGAAGCUACUCGAGAAAACCUUCUCAUCGCAGGUGCAAUUUCAGUCUUACCUAUGGACUCUCGGUCGCGGAGAUUCCGACGCUGCGCUCCAGAGGAAUCACCGGAAUGACAGGUUUGUUGUCACAGGCGAUCCCUUGUUUGGAGUCGGUAAGAAGUGA